GAAAGGACACUCCGUUAACUUUCAGAGCUGAGCUUGCAGGCUCAGGAGAGACACUCUAAUGGAUUUCCAGAAGACAAGGGGAACAGCAUACAAAAUGUUUCCUGCUGGAACAUGAUUCUGGAAUUCUUCUGAACAGAAGCUUAGCAGGGCAUGAUGGAGAAUUCUUCUUUUGGAAAUGACUCCCAUGAUGAACGAAAACUUUACGCUGUUGAUUCCUUAAACAACUUAAAUGAACAAAGACUUUGUGUGGCUCGAUCUCAUUACCAAACAGUCUGGGAAGAGAACUCAGACAGUGAUGGCUGUUUGGCGAUGCAAAGCAGCAUGAAAUGCCCAAGCUGGUUCUUUGUAACUUUGAUCAUUACUUUAAUUGUCAGCUUGGCACUUGUUUCUUUUGUAAUAAUCUUAAUAGUUCAUACUGGAGACAAGAUGGAUGAAGUGUCCAAAAAAAUUGUUCAAGAAAGGAAGAGCAUUGAAGACCUUCAAAAAUUAAAUGACAUGAUUUUACAAUACCUAAACCAGACAGACUGGAUGGAGAAUAUAGGAAACCUCAGCACAGUCUGAAGAGGACAAUCAACUCUGGAUCUUCCAGACUAUUGACUACAGUCAGACUAUUGACUGAAUAUCAGGGCAAUGGGUUACUCUGCAUAAUAAAAUCUAUUCUCAGUCUGGCUACUUUGUGUAAUAAAAUCUAUUCUCAUUUAAUUUCAGACAUAUUCUGUGCAUCAGAGCUUUUAUUAAUCAUUUUGUAGACCCCAGAACUCAGAGCAAACUUAGAAAAGAAGCUGCUGAGAGUUAGUUUUUACCACUAAGGAUUGUAGUUUUAUUCCACUUGCAGGUUCUCUGUCAUUCCUUGGAUAUUGUCGGAUAUUGUCAUAUUUGUCAUAUUCGUAUAUUGAUCAAUGGAUGGUUGAGCUUAGUGUAGGCAUUUGAUUUUGAAGUGCUGCAUCUAAAUCAACAGUUACAAACUGUUAUAUGCAGAUGGCGUAACAUACUGUAUUGUGGUUUACAUUUCUAGCUCAGUACAAAUGUAGAAUAUAAAUUAAUAAUAGUGUCUAUUUUCUAUGAGGCAGCAUGUGUUAGUAGUUGUGCAUAAUAAUGCAUCUAGUGCAUUCUGUACUGUAGGAUAUGCAAGUGCAGGAGUAUGGAUUUUACUGCUUUGCAAAGCAUACUUCAGAAUUUAUAGAAGUGAUGAAUUCAUUGUUGAGUCACACAGAUUUCCAGAUAGGCAUGAUCAAUGCAGGUUCAGCAUUUUGUGGAAACUUUUGUCUGUUUGGCUUAAGAUGUAAAUAUCCUUUUUACUGAGAAAGUUGUAAGCUUUAUUCAAAUGUUGUAUUGUACAAGUGUACACAUGUCUGUAACCCACACUAAACCUAGAUUUGAAUAAUUAUGUGAACCAGGCCACAGUGUGAACAGGGCUAUAGAUACACACGAACACACACACAUUUUUUAUUGCUUUUGUCGACAGGCAAGUUAUUGUGUUGAUUCAUUGCCAAUGGUGCUCUGAUUCAUUGACCCACUGUCUCUUUUAUUUUGACAGUUGCUAUUAUGAGCAAAUUGUGAUCUUUUGUAAUUAAAGUAUUAGAUUGUCAA